CUAAAAGUUCGCGGUACUACUCGAUGGACUCGUUGAACGGCCGGCCGGCGGUAGGUAUGGCCGACAUCGUCAGGGAGGUGCGUCGGUUUCUGGGUGCGUACAGCGGUGGUCGCCGUUUCGUGAGUGUCGUUUCGGUGGACGCGCAAAUCGACGGCGGCUAUGGUAGACAGACGACGACAAGGAACAUUGGCCGCUACGACAGCGACGACACUGACAACGACGACCUCGACGACCACAGUUCCUCGUACUUUACGGUGUUUGUGCGCGCUGAGUGGACGGAUACGGCGCGUAGGCCGUUAAUGCCGCUGCCGUUCGUUCAGACGUUUCGUGUCCGAUGUCUGACGGCUGCGGUUCGAGGCCACCGGUUCAAGAUCGACGUAACCGUUGUCAAGACGAUGGUGGCCACGGUCCAACCACCUCUACAGGAACACCAACUGCAGCGACGUCGUCGAAGGCUGGACGCCAACCAAAAGGGCUUUUCUAAUUCUGAACGUGAAGAAAACAAGUACAACACUUCGAUAACACGGCAAUUUAAACAGGAGACAUAUGCAGGCUACACGAAGCAUUUGAAUGCAGAAGCUCGGGAAUUCGAACUGUUGUCGGAUGUAAUGUUACCACCGCAUCUCACGGUGCAGUCUACAGACGACGAACUAGAACCGACCGACGAGGGCCCGUAUCUGAACGACGUGGACGAAAAUGAGUCGAUUGGCGAGCAGUACAUAACCUACCGGAACAAGGUGAAGGCGUUCCUAGAGGAACCAAUGCCCGACCACCUACCAUCGACUGGCACCACGAAUACCACCGAUGAUGACGACGAUGACCGUCCGACGAAUCUGCUGCGCAUUGACCGACUGGACAAAUCGAUCACGGCCGACCAACUUUACGCGGCGUUCAGUCGUUACGGCAAAGUGAAAUGCGUCCGCGUGUUACCCGGCGGCAAUAACUGGCUUUCCGGUUCCGUCUACCCAUACCAUUCAGCAAAUAUCUGCUUCGAACGGAUCGAAUCCGUCGACAAAGCGAUGGCCGACUACCAGGAACCCGGUUGUACUAUCAACGGUGGUCUGGUGUCCUUCAGCAAGUCAAAACCUGGCCAAUGAUUUACGACGACGACGACGAUGAUGAUGAUGAUCUACGCACAUCGUAUAUUAAUAUAGUUAUACAUUAUGUGGGUGAAGCCUAUAAUCACGAACAUUCAAUUGCAACUUAAACAAGGGAAUAAAAAAUCGAUCACAACUAUCUUGACGUAAAAUUAAAU